AUGGUAGUCUGGACAGGUUUUUGUACCCAACCAAAGUACACUCUUAACUGGAGCCAAAGAUUUCGAGUCAUCAAAGGUGUAGCAUUAGGAUUACUCUAUCUACACGAAGAAUGGGAGCAAGUAGUGAUCCACCGAGAUGUAAAAGCCAGUAAUGUAUUGCUAGAUUGUGAACUGAAUGGAAGACUAGGAGAUUUCGGCCUGGCAAGGCUAUAUGAUCAUGGAACUCUCCCUCAAAGCACCCAUGUAGCGGGAUCUCUUGGCUACCUUGCCCCUGAGCAUAAUAGGACUGGGAGGGCCACAACGAGCACUGAUGUAUAUGCUUUUGGGGCCUUUUUACUAGAGGUUGGCUGUGGAAGAAGGCCAAUAGAACCCCGAGUAGCACCAGCAGAGAAUGUCAUUUUGGUUGAUUGGGUAUUUUCGUUCUGGAAAUCAGGCGAUAUUCUCCAGGCAGUUGAUCAAAACUUGGGUACUGAGUAUAUGAAAGAGGAAGCAGAGCUGGUGCUGAAACUGGGCUUGUUAUGCUCUCAUUCAGAACCCAAACUUAGACCAAGUAUGAGGCAAGUUCUGUUGUACUUGGAGGGAUCAGCUAGCCUGCCAGAUUUAUCAUUAUUGGCCACGGGCAUUUCUGCUGUUGGUCUUGGCUUUGCCUAUCCUAGUGGUUUUGAAGAUAUUACAUCAUCAUUUGCAUCUUCCAAAGACAAAUGUUUUUCACAUUCUGUAGCAGACUCUCUUCUCUCCGGUGUUUUCUUCAUGACUUGUCAAAAGGAUGAACACAUGGCAGCUAUGCAUAAGGUUAAUAAUGAAAUUGUUGCACUAAACCAUUCGGAGAAGCGUCCUGUAAAAUGA